CUUACUCUUCAUCAAAAUCGAUGCUUUACUUACAGACACACUGUUGCUAACUGUCGACCAAGGUAUUCAAUGAUGCCUAGAUGUCUCUGUCGUCGAGCGCUUCAGCUACUCCUCACCGUCACCCUUUGCGUGUACGUCACACGAGCUGCCGAGCCUGAACAGGCAUGGGACACAGCAAAAAAUAGGGGAACGGCUGUCCCCCAGAUGAAAGAAGCUGCAGAACAUGAUAUCGACGAUGCAGGACCUGUUGACGAAGGCACUCGAGCAUACCACGCUGCGCUUCAGGCGUUGAGCCCUUUAUAUUCGAGCGAUGAAGCAGAGAUGCUGGCUUCGCAACAGAGCAUCUCGUUCCUACGCUCAUUUAUAUCUAGACGAGCCGGGCCAGUCGAUUUCAUGUUGCGAAUAUUGUCCAAUCUUCAUAUACCUGGUUUGGCUGGUUCGAGGAGCGCGCCAAAAGGGGAGAUUCGGGGAAGAGGCGCUAAAGUGCUAGAUCUUCUGAGUUAUGCUGUAGAGCAGGGGAAUAUGGACGCCUUGGCCAUGUUAGGAGAAGUGUCCAUGUUCCCCCCGACCUCUAUACCCAUGAACUUGACCCGGGCUUUCGAAGCAUAUACGACGCAUGCAACAUUAACCGGGAGUCCAUUUUCCCAAUCCCUGCUAGGGUUCUUCUACGCUACGGGAUAUGGAGGGGUUGUUGAAGUUGACCAGGCGAAAGCGUUGCUCUAUUAUACUUUUGCGGCUGUCGGAGGGGAUCAAACAGCCGAGAUGGCGCUUGGGUAUCGACAUUGGGCGGGAAUCGGCGUGCCAGAAGACUGUAUGACCGCGCUUGGAUGGUACGAGAGCGCGGCAGAAAGAGCGAUGGCGCAGUUUUUAAGUGGCCCACCAGGUGGAAGGACACUUCUCUUAUAUCCAACUCGUCUAUCGGACUUGAUUGGAGGUGUCUAUGGGCCUGGAUCGAGCGUUGCAUCUACGGGGUGGAACGCAAAUCGUGCUGCCGUCCGUGCCGGGCAGGCGCGAGCUGCCGGAGAGACGUGGCAGGAUAUUUUGGAGUUCUAUCAGUAUCAUACGGAUCAAGGCGAACUGGAAUAUACCCUCAGACUGGGCAAGAUUUACUACCACGGUACCUUGUAUAUUCCAUCGGCCGGUUCAUCUGCCGGCGGGGACGCCGUCGGUGCUGUCCGGCAAGAUUACAGAAGGGCUGCCCAGUACUUUGUCCGAAUCGCAAGGCAUAUGUGGCCAAGGGAUAGCCUGAAGGCACCUCUGGCAAAUCUCCGGGAGCUGGAUGAACGAUCCACAAUCCUGGUGGCUCAAGCCUGUGGAUACCUCGGACGCCUUUACAUGAGAGGAGAAGGUGUUAGGCAAGACGCAAAAAUUGCAAACAUGUGGUUCGAACGAGGCGCAGAAUACGGCGAUCGAGAGUGCCACAAUGGACUAGGUAUCAUCCAUAAGGAGGGACUAUUAGGUUCUAAGGAUGAUGCUAAAGCCAUCCACUACUUCGCGGGCGCCUCUGGUGCGGAUCUGGCUGAAGCGCAAGUUCAGUUGGGCCGGUAUCACCUGCUGAAUGGUGACAGCGUGUCUGCGACUCAAUUCUUCGAUAUUGCAUUGCGACAUGGUUCUCCCUUCGAGGCUUACUAUUACCUAGCUCACAUUCACGCGAGUAUGGCUAGGGCAGUGAGCCUAGGCACAACCAGCUCCGGAUCUUGUGCGGUUGCCUUAUCGUGGUUCAAGAUCGUGGCUGAACGAGGUGCAUGGGACAAUGAUUGGAUGGGCGAAGCAGAGAAGCGAUGGAAUACGGGACACGAGCAGGACAGAAAAAUUGCAAUGCUGUAUUGGGCCGUUGCGGCGGAAGCUGGGCACGAGAUCGCACAAAACAAUAUUGCCUAUCUGUUGGAUAAAGGAGAAGACUACGGAAUGACGAACCACACUUCCAGUUCUGCUCUCUUGUACUGGACUCGUUCGGCAGCUCAGAAUAAUAUCGACGCGCUCGUUAAGGUUGGCGACUACUACUAUCAUGGUCUCGGCAUAGCCGAUGCUCUCAUACCUGAACACCUGGAGAAAGCAGCUGGCUACUAUCAAAGUGCUGUCGAGUCUCAGUUGAGCGCUCUUGCGAUGUGGAAUUUGGGGUGGAUGUACGAGAACGGCUUGGGAAUUCCACAAGACUUUCAUUUGGCAAAGCGCUACUACGACUUAGCUAUGGAAACGAACCCCGGAGGUUACCUCCCUGUCACACUCUCCUUGAUCAAGCUCUACGCUCGCAGCAUCUGGUACACGAUUUCGGGCGGCAAAAAUCAUGGUCUUUCGUUGUGGGAUCUUCGGGAUGCAACAGAUGAGCAUUGGUAUCUCGGAAAGUCCAAGGAAGAUGCGAAGAAGGCACGGAGGAACUCAAUCGACGGAGGAAUUGGAGAGCGUGUCGGUGAAGAUGCCGUUCAAUGGGCACGCGACAGACGCGACAGAGAUGAGCAGGGCGAUUUCGGUCCAGAGGAUCAUCUUUUCUCUGGAGAGGGCGAAGAUGGCGAGAGCGUAGAAUUCGUCGAAACUCUGCUCCUGUUGAUUCUAUGCGGUCUACUUGCGUGGUUGAUUUAUGUUCGAACACAGUGGGCCACGCGCAGGGCGGUGGAGGAGAGACGACGGCGGGAUGCGGCCGGCCAGCCGGACGGACAAGCUCCGAAUCAUAGGAACGCGGUGGGUCGAGGCAACGCAGGGCUGCGUGAUGUUUUUCUAUAGCAUUGAGCGACAUUGUCGGGUAUAAUGCAUGGUCUUCCCAGGUAGAGGCAGAUGCAAUCAAAAACAUCAACUUUGAACGG